AUGAAAGCGAAAGUGGAACGCAAGCGAAAUCAGUGUGACAUUGAAUUCUUAAGUUACCCCGCCGCCGCUGGUCAUACUAAUAACGGUUAUGUUAGCGCUAUUACCCGUAUUCGAAUACAACCAUUUACUAAGUGGAUGAUGGUGGCAGUUGUUUUUUAUGUUUUAAACUUGGCCAAUUUGGUGUUAUGCAAUGUAGCCAUAAAUGACGAACAAACCUCAAAUUCGCUUAAGUAUGCGAAUGAUUCAUUUGCUGGUUUAGCGAGCACUGCCAUUUCAUUAGAAAACGCUUCCCCCUUGGUCUGGUCGGAAUUUCUAGAGGAUUAUGUAUUGAGCCAAUCAAGUCCCAGUGCUCGUACGUCAAAAGAUCUUCCAUUUAUUCCCAGCCAAAACGAUAUGUCUAUGAUGAGCCCGAACAUGCCAAUUGGUAUGCAAGGACCUUUAACUUAUCAUUCAUCAGCCUACAAGCGUCCAAAUGUCUAUAUAACAAAACGCAUUGGUGAAGCGGUUGAAUUGGAGCCACACAUGCGACCGCCCGUUCAUGUAGUGAACCCACAAUUUCGACCCAUGACCAAUCAAAUGAUACAACAGCAACAAAUGCAGGAACAACAACGUCAACAACCGGGGUUUUUCCAACAACUAUUUGGUUUGGGGGGAGGAGGCAGCAGCAGUAGUCAACCGGUACAACCGGUACGACCAGUGCCCGUGCAACAGCACCACCCCCCAACACCGGUACAAAAUACCGGUCCACAACCACCAUUUCGUGCCGUAACCGAAAAUGAUUUAUAUUUGCUGGGCGCCAUAGAGAAGCUUGUGUACCGCGUUGAUUACUUGGAGAGUCGCAUUCGUCGUGCCGAGCAGUUAAUCUACUAUUUGAUGGCGGGGAAUAAUCAGAAAGAAGUUCGUGAUCCUUGUCCAACGAAUUUUACUCGCAUCAGCGACAAUUGCUAUUACAUCAACAGUCAGCAGCAGGUGAACUGGAAGACCGCAAAUUCUGCUUGUAAGGGGCUCAAUGCACAUCUCGCAGAAUUUGAAAAGGUGUCGGAAAAUGAAGAGAUAAUGGCUUACAUACUAAAUCAACCUCAACACCGUGGUCGCGAUUAUUGGUUAGGCGGCUUGAACCCUGGAUUGCUUUGGAUUUGGUCAAAUUCAGCAAAACCCGUUAAUCCUAAUAUGAAUCUUACGUCAAUCGCCAUUUUACAUGCCAAUAAUACAGAGAGCAAUACAAUCGAUGUGGAUGGUGAUGAUAAGGAUAAAAAUAAGGACGAAGAAGAUUCUUCCAUCAACGAAAACAUUCUUAACAAUACCGUCGAAAUUGAAGGUCAGGGUCGAUGCUUGCGUCUCUCGUAUAAUCCCGCGAAACACAUUUACAAUUACUAUGGACAGGAAUGUACUUCGAGACAUUAUUAUAUCUGUGAAACUGAGGACAAGACGCUCGAUAAUAAGAUUAAAAAGAUCACACGUGAAUUAAAAUUAUUUGAUUGAUGGCAGAAUUACAGGAGCAUUCUGCUGUUAAAUGCCAAUAAAGAUUCUUGUGAUGUAUAGCCAUUCACUUUUCAAGAUCGAGUUCACAAUCUUUGGUAAAUUUCUUCUAGAAAUAUUCUCUGAGAGCGGUCCAUGGCGUAAUAGGUUUACGUAUGUGAAGUGGUUGACCAAAUCCUCUGUUAGCGCUAAGGGUACGACAAAUACAUUUUUAAUUGUAUUUGAAACUCAACCGUGGAUUGUAAACUCGAUUCGAAAAGUACCAUAU